CGGGUGAAGCGGCCGCCGCCAUUUUGUCCAGGGAAGAAAAGCGGAGCGGGAGUGUCGUUGCGGGUUGAGUCGGACGACGAAUUUAGCGCGGGCUCCCUUCGCGGGCCCUCCCUCAUAGCAUCGCAAUGCAUCGAGACUCUUGUCCGCUGGACUGCAAGGUUUACGUGGGGAACCUUGGAAACAAUGGCAACAAAACUGAGUUAGAGCGAGCUUUUGGCUACUAUGGACCACUGCGCAGUGUAUGGGUGGCAAGGAAUCCUCCUGGGUUUGCCUUUGUGGAAUUUGAAGAUCCACGAGAUGCAGCUGAUGCAGUAAGAGAACUAGAUGGAAGGACCCUGUGUGGGUGCCGUGUCAGAGUGGAGCUCUCCAACGGCGAGAAGCGGAGUCGGAACCGUGGUCCCCCUCCGUCGUGGGGCCGGCGCCCUCGAGACGACUACCGCAGGAGGAGUCCCCCUCCCCGCCGCAGAUCACCGCGAAGGAGAAGCUUCUCUCGCAGCCGCAGCAGGUCCCUCUCCAGAGACAGAAGAAGAGAGAGAUCACUCUCACGGGAGAGGAACCACAAGCCUUCUCGUUCCUUUUCCAGGUCUCGCAGUCGCUCCAGGUCAAAUGAGAGGAAAUAGGACUCUGAGGAGGAGCUGUGUACAGGAAGCUGUUAGAGCUGAGGACAGGAGGAGUAUGUACAGAACAUUGUUUUGUUUUGGAACUUCAUAAAGCUUGGUGCAUUUUUAAAAUGUUUUAGCUGUUGAACUUGCUUUGUUCCUUGUAUCUUGUAACAGGUGGCAAAUGUAAAGAUGUGAAUCUCUAUAUGGUUCUGAGCAGAUCAUAUGAUUUGUAAUGUUCAUCCCUUCACAAUGUACCCUUACACACAGCUCUGUGUUUGUCUCGAGUGCUGAGCAGUGUCUGGCAUGGAUGGAGGAACGCUGCUGGGCUGGGCAGUGCUUGGCUGGGGCUCAGCUUUCAGGAGGGCAGUGGGAAUGGGUUUGUUGUGGGAGUGUGGCUGGGUGCUGCCUGUGCAGAUGUAGGUGCUUCAUUGAGCAGUCGCUGGGAAUAGUCGGUGUCGCCGAGCAGGAGUGUGCAGGGAGUGUCUGUGCUGCAGCUUUGUCCUGAGCUCCAGUUCUGUUACCUAGAACUGAGCUGCUUUAUAUUAUGUGAAAUAUAAACUCGUAGUUGUAGGGUCAGUUAAUUUUGUACUUCGUGUGACUUGAGUACUUCUUAAAUAGAUGAUUGUUGAUUGACCAUCUAUUCCAGAACCUCUGAGUAGACCAAAUACACACAGGACUGACAGUGUGUGUGUGUGUGCUGUGUAAUGGUACAUUGUGAACAUUCAGAAUUCAACAUUUCUGUACAAGAAUUUUCAUGUCACUUGUAAAAUGUCUUUUGUGAGAUCCUUGGGAUUAAAGUUUUGGUUACAA